AUGUCCAGCCCAAGAAAGAGACAAGCCGAUGACGAAGAUUCGGCUUCUGAGAGAUCACCUCCCUCGUUGGCCUCGUCGCCACAAUUGCCUCCUUCAUCGCCAGCGAUUCCCUUUGAGGAUGAAGAGGAAGAGAUCCACAAUGAUAUUACCGACUUGAACCCUUCUGACGAAGAAGAAGGCGAGGAUUUAAUGGAGAACUUGCAAAAUGACUACCGCAAAAAUGAGGCCCAAGACCACUAUAACUUGGGAGAUGGCAAUAUCGACGAUGAGGAGUACGAAGAGUUGGACGCUGCCGAAAGAAGAAGAAUUGACGAGCAAUUGAAUCGCCGUGACGAGUUGCUUGGCAUGAACAAAGAUACACGCGCGAGAAGUCAAGCGUUUCUCGAUGACGAUGAUGAUGAGGGAGAGGCCGACGUCAACGAAUACGGCUUGCCUAUCCAAAGAAGAAGACGUAGAAGACAGUAUGACGACCAAGAUGACUUCUUGAAUGAUGUGGACAUUGACCCUUUCCAGGAAGAGUUGUCCCUUGAGUCAUUGGCGGAUGUCAAGGCGCCCUCCAUCACAGAGUGGAUUUUGCAGCCUGCGGUCUCGCGUUCGAUUGCAAGAGAGUUGAAGUCUUUCCUUUUGGAAUACACCGACGAGAGGGGCCGUUCCGUGUAUGGUGCUCGUAUUCGUACUUUGGGUGAGGUCAAUGCCGAGUCCUUGGAUGUUUCUUAUAACCACUUGGCAGACUCGAAGGCCAUUUUGGCGCUCUUCUUGGCCACUUCUCCAACAGAAAUGUUGAAGAUCUUCGAUAUCGUGGCUAUUGAAGCUACUGAGUUGCACUACCCUAACUACUCCCAAAUUCACUCAGAGAUUCACGUAAGAAUCUCAAACUUUCCCAACGCUUUGUCAUUGAGAGAUCUUCGGGAGAAGAACUUAAAUCAGCUCGUGAAGAUCUCAGGAGUGGUGACAAGAAGAACCGGUGUUUUCCCACAACUCAAAUACGUCAAGUUCAACUGUCUCAAGUGCGGUCAGCUCCUUGGUCCUUACAUUCAAGACUCCAAGCAAGAAGUGAAAGUGAACUUCUGUACCAACUGCAGUAGUAAAGGUCCCUUCAAGAUGAAUUCUGAAAAGACUAUAUACAAUAACUACCAGAGAAUCACAUUGCAAGAAGCACCUGGCACCGUUCCUGCUGGUCGUUUGCCACGUCACAGAGAGGUGAUUUUGGUGGCAGACUUGGUUGAUAUUGCCAAACCUGGUGAAGAGGUCGAAGUUGUCGGUAUCUACAAGAACAAUUACGAUGGUGGCCUCAACGCUAAGAAUGGCUUCCCCGUUUUUGCUACGAUUGUCGAAGCAAAUUCAAUAAAGAGAAAGGAGACAAGCACCUCAUUGAACAACGACAGUGGCGCUUCUUCUUGGGUAGAAGAAGACGAGAGAGAGUUCCGCAGACUUUCUCGUGAGAGAGGUAUCAUAGACAAAAUUAUUGGCUCGAUGGCUCCAUCGAUUUACGGCCAUCGUGACAUCAAGACAGCAAUUGCUUGUUCGCUAUUUGGCGGUGUUGCGAAAGAUAUCGAUGGGAAGCACUCUAUCCGUGGUGAUAUAAAUGUUCUUUUAUUGGGUGACCCGGGUACGGCAAAGUCCCAGAUCUUGAAGUAUGCUGAAAAGACGGCUAACAGAGCAGUAUUUGCUACCGGACAAGGUGCCUCCGCCGUCGGUUUGACAGCUUCCGUGAGAAAGGAUCCAAUCACCCGAGAAUGGACUUUGGAAGGUGGUGCUCUUGUUCUUGCUGAUAAAGGUACUUGUCUUAUCGAUGAGUUUGAUAAGAUGAAUGAUCAGGACCGUACUUCCAUCCACGAAGCCAUGGAGCAGCAGUCGAUCUCUGUUUCUAAAGCUGGUAUUAUUACUUCAUUGCAAGCUCGUUGUGCAAUUAUUGCUGCUGCUAACCCUACCGGUGGUAAAUACAACUCAACCCUCCCGCUUUCACAGAAUGUCAAUCUCACGGAGCCAAUAUUGUCCAGGUUUGACAUCCUAUGUGUUGUCAGAGAUUUGGUUAAUCCAGAGCUGGAUGAGCGUCUUGCAUCCUUCGUCAUUGACUCCCAUAUGCGCUCUCAUCCAUCUAAUGAUGAGGAUGUCUUAGAUGACAAUGAGGAUGCUAUGGAUGAUGGUAUGAGUCGCCGUGAGAAGAUCACUCAAAGCAAUGAACAGCGAGAAAGUGAAAUCUCCCCAAUUCCUCAAGAAACAUUGGCUAAGUAUAUCAGGUAUGCCAGGGCCAAAGUGUCACCUAAGUUGCAUCAAAUGGAUAUGGAUAAAGUGGCAUUGGUGUACGCUGAUUUGAGAAGGGAAUCGAUCUCGACUGGCUCAUUCCCAAUUACCGUACGUCACUUGGAAAGUAUAAUCAGAAUUGCCGAAGCGUUUGCAAGGAUGAGACUCAGUGAUUUUGUAAGUCAAGGUGAUUUGAACAGAGCGAUCAAGGUCAGCAUUGACAGUUUUGUUGGAGCACAAAAGAUCACAGUAAGAAGACAGCUCCAAAAGUCAUUCAUGAAGUACACGUUGCCCAGCUGGCGUUAG